AAGACUAAUGCCGAAGAAACUCCAGAGGAAUAUGCUGACAAUGAAGAUAUCUAUGGUUUUAAUUUUAAUAAACUACGGAAGUUACAUGGAAAUCUAAGAGAAUCACUGGAUCAGUUUCGAUUGCAUUUGCUGGAACGUGAUGAGUUAACGCCACUGAAAGUAUGGCAGGUGCAGGAGCUGAGCUAUCAAGCUGCGCAACGAAUUGUCCAAGCUGGUCCCGAGAAAGCUCUGAGUCUCUUGACGGAUGUCAGUCAGAAUUUCCCACUUGCUGCUCGUUCUCUUUCACGGCAGGUGCUUCGAGCCGAGAUGGUUUUUGAGAUUGGUACGAAUCAGGAACAGUUCCUGGAGUAUGGCAUUUCGGAAGGUGAAUCGCUUUUCCUUAUCAAUGGUAUUAUUGUGGAUGUGGACGCCCUGGAUGCAUUUCAAGACGAAUAUCUAUCGAUGCUAACGGAUUUGGAACCGAGCGGCGAACGAUUAUCGUACGCGCUGGAUUUUAGACCAGCUUCACCU